ACUCUCUCUAUAGUUAUUUUCUGGCUCCUGGUUUUGGUGCACCCUCAAACUUAAAGUGGUUUAUGGUUUAAUGGAUCUUUCUCUUUUCACCUGUUUAAAAGUGUUCCAUUACAUUCUUUGAGGGCAAUUAUGAGACUAAUCCACAUGAGGGUGUUUAAUCUUAAAUGGGGUUAGCUAGCUAGGUUAAAGCGAAGGGCCCAUGGGCUCAUGCUUAUGAUUUGCAAGUGUUGCUUUCAAGGGAAAAAAGAGAGCUUUUUCUUCGGUUGGCCCUUUUAGCAGAUUGAUGUUCUGAGAGGUUUUGCAAUUUGAAACCAAGGUUUGUCAUUAUGUCAUGCUUUAUUGGUGGGGAGGGGAUGUAGUCAUGUUAUGUAUGUAGAUACAAUAUUACAUUCAUACAUUGAAUUUUAGUCACAAGAUAUUAUCCACAUUUUCAGUGCUUGAAUUCAGAAUCAGAGGGUAAAAGUUGAGUUGAGAGUACUGUUAGUUAAUUGCUCAGUAAGCUUUCCCUGAACACUUAAACAUGUAUCUUCUCUUCGAUGAAAUUUGAUUUUGUUUUUGUAGUGCACUGGUCUGUUUGAUGUGAUUUUCUGGAUCAUAGAGAUUAAUUAGUUUGGACAUUAAGUAUUUUAGGAGGUUGAACAAUUUCAAAUUGUUUUCAAUGUGAUUUGAGGACAAAGAUGAAAUCCUUGAGUAGUGUAGGUCUUGGUCUGAGUAUUAUUUUUGGUUGUCUCUUGUUGGCUCUAGUAGCUGAGGUUUACUAUUUGCUAUGGUGGAAGAAGAGGAUAACCAACAGAGAGAUUGAGAAUGAUUAUGGCAACCCUGUGAAGGAAUUAUUCUACAUGUUUUGUUGGAAAAGGCCAUCAUCAUCUUCUUUGAGGCAAACAAGUUUCACUCCUCCUGAGUUUUGUUCUUCAAUGAGAAUUGGUGACACCCUUGUUCAUGACCCAGAACAAGUUCAGUCUCAAAGUGGAAAGGAAUUUGUUUUCAAACCCUUUGGAGAAGAUGGCACCGAUGCAGAAUACAUGAGGCAACAGGACCUGUUACUGUUAGGCCCUCCAAGAUUCUUGUUCACCAUAGUAGAAGAAUCAAAAGAAGAUUUAGAAUCUGAUGAUGGCAAAUCCAAGUGUGACAAGAGUGGAAAAGGUUCAAGGGGUAGAAGCUUGGGUGAUUUACUAGUUGUGGAGACACCAUAUAUGACACCUACAACUUCUCCACCUUUCUUCACUCCUCCUUUCACUACUCCUAUCAGUCCCUAUAACCAACGUGGAUUCAACCCUCUAUUUGAAACAGCAACUGAUGCUGAGUUCAACAAAUUAAAGUCCUCACCUCCUCCAAAAUUCAAGUUCUUACAGGAAGCAGAAGAGAAGCUUAGAAGAAAACUACAAGAAGACGAAAAUAAGGGAAAUGGAGAUGAGGUUGAUGGUUCUUUCAUCACAAUAGUAGUUGACAAGAAAACAGAAAGAGAGGUUAAUCACCAGCCUCGUCCACCACAGUAUCAUUCAAGCACUUCACAGGUACUUCCCUUAGCUUCUUGACACAUUCACCAAAAACCAGAUGAAAGAAGCUAGCUAACACCAAAGUUCUGUCAAGUCAAUUAAGAGUUUAUUUCUUCAUUAAUUUUUUCUACUUACAUGUUGAAGAAUUCCACUUUUUUUUUUGUUAUGGGAAUUUGUUCCCCCCCCCGAGUUGUUUAGGGAUGCAGUAUGGUUUAAUCUGCUAAGCCAGUUGUGAAAUGUACUACCCUCAAUGUUUCAAAACAUAUGGGGGACAAUAUUUUCUACUCAUAAAUGCUUAAAGGUGGGUCUGAUGCAAUUGGAAAGUUUA